AAUCAUCCUCCUUCGGUGGUUUUGCAGAGCAAAAUCAUCCAAUAUGGCAGCCCACAGGAUAGCAUGUUUAGGGUUAAAUGCCCUUUAUUCCUCAGUCUGCGCCCCAAAGCAGGCCCUGAGGAGCUGCUGGGGGACGGUGGAGCAGGUGAGGGGUUACUAUGUUAACUGGAGGAUGCUGAGGGACGUCAAGAGAAGACAGAUGGCAUUUGACUUUGCUGAUGAGAGGCUGCGGAUCAAUGCAUUGAGGAAGAACACCAUCCUACCAAAAGAACUCCAGGAAGUGGCAGAUAAAGAAAUUGCAGCAUUACCUAGGGACAGCUGCCCUGUCAGAAUACGCAACCGAUGUGUGAUGACUUCCAGACCUCGGGGAGUGAAACGGAGGUGGCGACUGAGCCGAAUCGUCUUCCGUGACUUAGCUGACCACAGCCAGAUGUCUGGGAUUAUGAGGGCUAGGUGGUGACUGGGGAUCCUUUGGACACUACAGUCAAAUUGGAUCAUGAAAAGCAAGCUGUUUUAUUGUUUAUUGUCAGGAGAGCAGGACUUUAGCAUUCAACACAAAUGUGAUUUGACCUUUUAGUGUUUGGACUCUUUGGAGGUAUUGAUCAAAGCCUGGAAGUUGUUAAGCUAUAAAGUGAAUCCACUCAGAUGACUAGAGCACAUUUCCAAUCUUUGUAAAUGCAGUGGCUUUCCUAAAUAUCUUCCUUUUCUCUGAUUAGUUGUUCCCCUAUCAGGGAAUUGGUUUUCCUUCUAAUAAGAAAAAACGACAACAUAUAUUAUAUUUAAAGAGUUCAAAUGAAACCCUCCAAAGAGGUAACUGUUCUUGUAACUUGAAAAAUACCUGAUGAAUAAAUAUUAUUGUACAUUAAUAA